AUUGGGAGUGGAAGAAUUGCCCGACUGCAUGGAAAGGUCAAUAUACACGUGGAUCUGGAAAGCCAACAAUUGUUUUAGAGGCUGUAGCUUCACAAGACCUCUGGAUAUGACAUGCAUUUUUUGGAGCUCCAGGUACAUUAAACGAUAUCAAUAUUCUCGAUCGCUCACCAGUUUUUGAUGACAUAUUACAAGGUGUAGCUCCCAAAGUAAAAUACUUUGUCAACGGACGACAAUAUCGUAUGGCUUACUAUCUCACCGAUGGUAUUUAUCCAAAAUGGGCUACUUUUGUCAAAUCAAUUUCAAUGCCACAAGAUCCGAAAGCAUCGUUAUUUGCUACGUACCAAGAAGCUGUACGUAAAGAUGUCGAACGUGCUUUUGGAGUCUUGCAAGCUCGAUUUGCCAUAGUCAAAAACCCAGCUCUUAUGUUGGAUAAGGUAAAAAUUGGAAACAUAAUGAGAGCAUGUAUCAUAUUGCACAACAUGAUUGUAGAAGAUGAACGUGAUGGGUAUACUCAGUAUGAUGAGGCCACAUUUGCACAAGUAGAAUCAAACCGAACUUCGGAAGUGGAUUUCACGUAUUCUACAGACAUCCCUUCAAAUCUCAGAAAUAUGAUGGGCGAUACGAUAACCAUUCGAAAUGAAGUUCGUGACAAGAAAAUACAUGACCGACUGCAAGCGGAUUUGGUUGAGCAUAUAUGGGAAAAGUUUGGCACAAAUCAAUAUUAA